ACAAAGACCAAUGUGAGACAACUUUGAUUCAGGCACUUCUGAGGUACAAGCUCUAGACUGUUACUAUCUCAUCACCUUGCUUGGAAAGGUUUUCCUCACAGCACAACUUCACAUGUGUGAAAGAAAAGAGAAGAAGAAGAACUCUACCACAACCAGGUCCACUGACAACUCUGAAGAGACAAAGCAACAGGAGACCAGAGCUGCAGGAAGCCAACAUACUGCAACUAAAGAACCUCCAGAUUCUCAACAAAAGGGAGGGAGGUGUGAAUAACCCUGUUUCAAGAGAAGUAAUAGUUUGUGUAAGUUUAGGAACUUGACUGAGGUUCUUGGGGAAAAAGUGAACAAAGCAUCUGGAACGAUCUGGAGGAGUGACAGCAAGAAGUGCACCCUGCCCCUUACCACAAUUUCACCAUGAGUAUGGCUGGUACCCUAGAAAACGGGGCUCACCACCAGGCCUUGGACCUGUCUGAAGAACUGCCUCCUCAUCACCACCAUCAUCAUCUCCUCCACUCUAACUCCUUGGCCUCCACGGUUGCUGUGGGAGGAGGAAGAGAAACACCUUCCCGUGUGGUCAUACCGCCUCCUUAUUCUGCAGCCGACAGUGAAGCCCCUCUAGAGCUGCGGGGUUCCCUGGACUGCUGGGCCUGCUCGGUGCUAGUGACAGCUCAGAACCUGAUUAUAGCAGCGAUCAACGCCUGCCUUGCAGCUCUGGUGUUCGGGACCAUCCUAACGCCGGCACUCAUCAUGGUGGUGUUCGGCUUCCUCUGCCACUCUACAGUCCGCCCUCAUGGGACCACCCCCUACUGUUCAGACCUGCUGACUGAUGGAGGCUGUGUAGCUCUUCUGGUGGUGGGCUUCCUCUUGGUCACCCCUCUCCUGGUUCUGGCUCUGGCUGCAUAUUGUCGCCUGGCCCGUCAUCUCCAGCUAGGCCUGUGCUUCAUCCCGUACAGUCGGGCCGUGUACAAAAACCUGCCGGCGACCCUUCACCGGGGUCUGGGUACUGGCUGCUGCGGCGGCGGCAGAGACGGAGCUGAUGGUGGGGGGAAAGGAAAAGUCUGGGUGUGAGAGAAGGGGUGAGCUGAGAUACAACAGAAGAAUAUAAAAGUAACACUGAACAGUGAGAUGUUCUCUUCUCCCAAUGAUGGAGGGGAUGGUAAGAUAGAAUGUAUGGAACAACAAAAUGUAUA